AUGUCUUCCUCUAUUGAUCAGCUAUUUGGGAAACCCGAUGGGAAGAAAGUCGAGUCCACAGUGGACAAACUGUUCAACUCCGCUGCCAAACCAAUUGAGGAUACGUCUGCAUUGAAGAAGAGGACAGUGACCCAGUUGGAGCGUGCGGAACCUGUUGCUGUUGCAGAAGAGGACUCGGAGUCCACGGAGGAAACCGCGUUGCCCGCUGUUGACUCAAACAAGAAGAAGAGGAAGAGAAGCAAGAACGACGAGAAUGACCAACUCGAGUCGCAAUACUACGAGAAACUGAUGUCCGAUGAUGGAGAAACGGAGAACUCGUUGAAGGACGACGGUUAUGUGGAGACGGUGAAAGUUGCAAGGGCAGAGCAGGCUAAAGUGCUUGAUUUGAAGGACGAUGAGUUGGCCAAGGCGGAGAGGACCGUUUUCGUUGGGAACUUGGCCAACGAGCUUAUCAGCUCCAAGACUCUGUACAAAGAGUUCAAGAAACUGUUCUCCACGAAUCCAAAGGAGGGCCAGGACAAGGCGCUCGCGAUCGACAGUAUCAGGUUCAGAUCUAUCUCGUUUGAUGAACCGUUGCCUAGGAAAGUCGCAUUUGUGCAACAGAAACUGCACAAAUCUAGGGACUCGAUCAACGCAUACAUCGUUUACAAGACCAAAGAUGCAGUUAAACUUGUCUGCCAGAAACUGAACGGUGUUGAGUUCCACAACCGCCACUUGAGAGUGGACUCCGUGUCGCACCCAACGAAGCACGACAAACAACGGUCCGUGUUCAUCGGGAACCUCGACUUCGAGGAGGACGAGGAGACUCUGUGGAAACAUUUCGCGACGUGUGGGCCGAUCGAGUACGUCCGUAUAGUGAGGGACUCGAAGACUAAUGUUGGGAAAGGUUUCGCGUACGUCCAGUUCAAACAACUAGAAACGGUCAGCAAAGCUCUGCUACUCAACGAUAAACCCAUGAAAUCCGCGUCCAACGAGAAGAAGAAGGCUAGGAAAUUGAGAGUCUCCAGGUGCAAGAACAUCAAGAAGACCGCCGCGCAGGACCCUCGCAACGAAUCCAAAUACGACAAGCUGAACGAGACGCAGAAGACCAGGUUCGGGAGAGCCAAAAGGGUGCUUGGGAAGGCGGACAAAGCCACUUUGGGUAAGGAACUGACCAUUGAGGGUAUGAGAGCCUCGAAGAACGACAAGCAAAACACUCUGUCGCACUUGAAGAAGAGGAAACAAAGAUCCAAGACGGGCAGAGUCACCAAACGGUCCAUCGCUUACAAGAAGAAACUGGCCUCUGGCAAAGAAUAA